AUGGGGAGAACAUUGACGUACCCUAAGCGGUCAUCCAACACAGUCAAUCGAUACAAGCAUCGUGCGACAUAUGAUCUACGUGCCAUACAUUCCAUCAUCAACUCGUCGCAAGUACUCCAUGUAUCCUUCAGUCCUGGACCAUCAGACCCAUUCCCGACCAUUCUCCCCAUGAUCGGCCAAGUGGGAUCAUUUGACUAUCCGUCGUCUGGAAUAGACGAGCCCCUGGAAUGCUACCUCCACGGCUAUGUCAGCUCUCGGAUCAUGAACUUGGCACGUAACUCCGAGGGAGAAGGACUCCCCAUCUGCGUGGCCGCAAGCAAGAUAGACGGGCUCGUUCUCUCACUCACGCCCAACUCCCACAGCUACAACUACCGGUCGGCUGUGCUGCAUGGGUACGCCAACCUUGUGACGAACGAGGAGGAGAAGCUGUGGGCCAUGAAGUUGAUCACCAACUCAGUGCUCGAGGACCGCUGGGACCACUCACGCGUGCCUCCGGACAAGGCUGAGAUGUCAUCGACAACGAUACUCAAGGUUACGGUGGUGGAUGGCAGUGGCAAAAUCCGGGAUGGCAGCUCUUCCGAUGAGGCCAAGGACAAGAACAAUGAUGCUGUCACUGGCAGCGUUUGGACGGGAGUGGUUCCGGUCUGGGAGACCUUUGGAGAGCCGGUCCCAAGCCCUGAGAACAUAGUGGCAGAGGUUCCCGAGUAUAUCUCUACUUUUGUUGCACACAAGAAUAGCGAGAACCGUGCUGUUGCUGAGAAUGCAAUCACAGUUCAGUUGCCUCCAGAGGAACAGCACUGA